AGCCUUUAUUUUCAUUUAACAGGUCACGCGCUCCGUUUUUAUCACGAACAGUCCCGUCCAGACAGAGCCAACUACGUCACCAUUUAUCGUCAAAACAUCGUGUCAGGUAUGAAAUGAUUAACUUCUGUUACAUCGAUGACAUUGGCCUGUUGUCUUGAAUUGAAUGAAGUCUAUUUUUUCUAACUCAAUGCCACAGGAUGCGCCAAUCUAUAUACUAAUUAGUGAAGGUUUUUAUCCAUAACAUUGAGACACUAUGCUAAAUUCAUCAUCUCGUUGUCCUUCCCGAACCGAUCGAAAAACGUGUUUAAUUUUAUUCGUUGGGUGAAACCAAUGGGAUGUGACGAUAUUGACGUUAAGGACAUUAAAGUACGCAGGGGUCUCUCUCCAAUUGGGUAUACUUCCUCUCUACUAUACUACUGUGACUCUAGAUGGCAAGUAACAUCAAAAUACUAGAGACGAAUUGCUUGUUUAAAAUGCUAUUGAUUGUGGUAUUCUAUUGUCUGUCGGCGAAGUUGGCCUCUCUUUCUUUACUAAUGCCAAUGCGAUUGAAGAAGGAAUUCCCAAACUAUGAAAUGAGUUAAUUGAAAUAUCGUCAACACUCCUUUUUCGUACGUAAGCCCCUGCACUUGCCUUCAGACAGGAUGACAAGCAUGAUGUACGGCCAGGUACGUAGGCGUCUAUGUUAUUUUCAUUUAGACAAUUACAAUAGAUUAGCUUUUCUCCAGUUGAUACAUGACUCUGAGUGUUUCUUUACGAAGGUGAUUCGUUUCCUUUUCGAGUUGACCAGUUUCGAGAACAGUAAUAGAUGGAACAUAAGGCCUUAAAAACACUUGCUCUGGCUUUUUUUCAUGAUAAAAUCUUGAAAUCUAGUACAAAUUAGCAAUUAAGAUUAAUCUAGCAUUCCAGUAGUCCAAAAACAAAAACAUCGAUGACAAUUGUCACAAAUUUCCGCGGAUUGUUAUAAUUAUUCUUUCAUAAGAACAAUCAAGUUUCCCCUUAUAAUAAGUACACUCACUUCUUCACUCUCAACUUUUAAAAGCCUACUGUAUUUUAUUACAGGUAUGAAGUUCAACUUUAACAAAUACGACCGUUCAAAAAUUGAUUCCCUUGGAACACCGUACGAUUAUGGCAGUGUGAUGCACUACGACUCAAGAGCCUUUAGCAGAAAUGGCCGCCCUACAAUUGUUGCUAGGAAACCCGGGGUAGGUUUUGUAUCAACCUUAAUAAUAGGGCCGCUUUCGCAUAUUUUCAAGGAGUUUGUAAGUGAGGGCUUUCAUGUUAGCCAUCAAUUUAAAUUAGAACAAUUUGCCCAAAAAACAUCGAGUACCCAUAUUUGUCUCACGGGCGCGCCACUGAACAAUAUUUGGACGCUUGUGGUAAACAAUGUUUGCUUGCAGUCGUUUCUGACUCGUUUUAUAUGUGAUACUCAAGAAGUUCAAUCGAUUAGAAAGGGCUUUGUAAUUCGCAUCCGUAGGUAAUCAGGCUCUUAAUGUAAUAAAUCAAAUAUGAGACAGUGUUUCAUGAUAAGACCAAUCAUUGAGAAGAGAUCGUGCUGAAGAUAUGACGCGCAGCGGUGCACCUUGGUCUACUUUUGACGAACUUCGAGGUGUGUGUAGCCUGCGCCACAUAAACUUUUGUCUGCGACGCAGGCCAUGGUGUGAUGAAGUACUGCUUGGAAUGUUUCAUAUCAAUUCUGAUUUUAAAAGGCGCAAUUGAAGACUGAUGCAAAAAUGAGGAGUUUUGCAACUGAUGUCGAAAAGCUCAUUAAUCAUAAAUUUUCUUUGUAUUUUCUUUAUGCAUAAUUCUAAUGUGUUUGAAUGGCAACGUUGGCUUUGACUUCGCUGUUUUUUUUUUUUUAAACAGAGGAAGCAAUUAUGGGCCUCAAUGCAAUCAAAUCGGUUUGUUACAAUUUUGUUUGCUGUCGGUCUUGUAGUGGCUUUAACGUCUCCGCGAUCAGGAGAACAGCUUUAUGUAGCUAGAAGGGUGUAGAGCACAGCUUGAAUAAGGAAGGAAGCUGUUACAUCUAUUGUAACGGAAUAAACAGUACAGACAGCACUCUACUUUGUUCGCCAGGUCCAGCUGGGCAACCGACAUCGUCUUAGCAAAAUUGACAUACAGCAAAUGAACUUGUUGUACAUGUGUUCUGGGGGUGGGGGUGGUGGUGGACCUGAGCCACCCCAGUCACCUCCCCCUCCGACUCCUCCUUCCGAGUGCCGAGACACUGGAAGGUACUGUUCCUAUCAUGUUCCCAGGGGAGAUUGUAAGAGGAUGCAGAUAGUGCGGCGGAAAUGCAAGAAGAGCUGUGGUUUGUGCUAA